AUGUUCGUUUCUCGAUUCGCAACUCUCCUCAUCUAUUCCAUCUCUUGGAUAGCCCGAAAUGUGGAGGGUGCGGACCCCGUUGUCUUUGACUAUGCCGAUCCAGACACCGACUGGCCUUUGCUAGGCUUUGUGCCGACUCCAUUCGGUAUGGAGCCCAAUGAAUGCGGACGAUCAGAUCGUCAGAGUCCCAUCAAUAUCCCGGGAUCCCUCAUGAUGUCGAAUUGUCGAUCGCCCGUUACGCCCUACGUUUUGGACAACAGCAAGGAAAGCUGCCUCUUUUCGGAGCUGACUUUCCCCAUCAAGGAUAUUGAUGUGGGCGUGGGGUUUGGGAACUGCUCCAUUCCGCCCACGAUCAAGUUGGACAAUGGUUCUUUCGGCAACAGUGUGGAGUACACGGCCCUCCAGUUUCAUAUUCAUACGGGCACAGAACACUCGUUUGAUGGAGACUUUGCAGAUGCCGAACUUCACAUUGUCCAUGCCAAUCUAGCUGUACCUGACUUCAGCUUUGCGACGGGUGACUUUCAAGUCGUUGGUGUGAAAAUCAAGGGCGAGGGUACGGAGACGCAUCCAAUCUUCGAGAAACUCUUGGUCCAAUGGGAAGCCGCCCUGGGUGAAAUUGAAGUCUUCUGCACUGGUGGACAUCCCAAAGUUGGGAUACAAGUGAGGUGGCUGUUGCGCGUUCAACCAACUGUCUUUUGGAACUUGGCCUCGGAAGUACUAACGGUUUCAGAAUCGCAAGUGACUCGGAUGUUUGCUGUGAUCAACAACUAUCGAUAUCCAGAGGGAUCCACUGCGGAAUGUAAUCUCAAUGAAAAGCCAUCUCCCGAAGGCUGGACCAGUCGGCCACCCCAGCAGCUCCACAGAGUAGUGAAACAGUGCGGAGUCCGUAGCUAG